AUGUGCCGCACAGUUCUGGAGCUGCUGAUCCUGGUAACGCUCGGCUGUCGGUCAAGUGCCGAAGAUGUUUUCUGCCGAGAACAUCAGAGGGCCUUUCUAGGCUCCUGCUUUGAGUUUGUAGCUCACCAUCACUCCUUUGUCAGUGCUCAAGCCUGGUGCGAGGAGAGCGGAGGACACCUUGCAUUCAUUCAAGAUGAAAACACUCAAUAUUUCCUCCAGAAGCACCUGGACCCUGAGAGGGACAUGUGGAUUGGAGUCGCACGUGCGGCCUCUCUGAACUUGCAGUAUUCCGCCGCAGCUGAAGGUCCUCUCUCUUGGUUGGAUGAUUCACAUAUCACCUUUUCAAACUGGGCAAGCAGCCCACAGCCUGGAGCGGCUUGUGGACACAUACUCAAACACUCAGGCUUCCAGUGGGAAGCCACAAGAGACUGCGACAAAAAGCUGAGCUUCAUGUGCCAGUUUGAGUCCAGGAGAGCCAUUGUGUGUGCAGGCCGGAACACCGCUCUGCAAUGUGCUUCUGGCCAAGUGUUGGUGAUAGACGGCGGUUUCUAUGGUCGCAAGAACGUUCAUUACUGUCAAUCCACAACCUCCACAGCAACAGCCUCCACACAGCAGUGUGGCUGGGUGAAUGCUGUGGAAUCACUUACAGCCCACUGUCAGGGCCGUCAGGUUUGCCAGAUUGCUGAAGCUGUGAACUCCUUUGGUGAACCCUGUCCUCAGCUGGGGAAUUACCUGUCAGUGGAUUACCACUGCGAAGAGGGGUUCACAGUGGCAAUGAACACCGUGGCUGCUGUUUUCACUGACGUCACCAUCACCGUUAAGUGGCUCUUAACACCAUCACGGGGAAAACCUCUGUGCCGGCUGAGCACCGGAGAUGGCCACGUUUUUCAUGUGGACAGUCCAGUGGGGUUGGAGAGCAGAGUGAUCCACAGAUAUAUUUAUCCGAGCACGUGUGUUGUGGCGAUUGACUGCACCAGCGGUGACAUGCACGUCACAUUGCAGAAAAUAAUUACCAUCCUGGAGCCUGUCACAGACAUUACUGUCACCAGGUGCUACGCUGGAAUGCAGCAUUUCCAUGCAACCAACUGCAAAGCGCUGUAUGGAGGAGCAUUUCAAAUGCAAAUGGCAGUAAAAACAGGUCUAAAUAUAAGCUACAGAAUCCAGAGUGAGGAGACUGUGUUCCUCGGUUUCUUUGUGGUCAAAGGAAACGUUUCUCAUAACAUCACCGUGACUCCAGAGAUGGCGAAGCAGCUCGGGCCUGGCUGCCACCAACUCACGAUUUAUGCAUCUAACAUGGUCACGUUCCCUGAAGUGUCCACAGACCUGCAGGUGUGUAUUUUGGAGGAAGUAGCUGGGCUCCAGGCGUCCGUGUUGACAGGUGACUGUCUACAUUCUUCAGAUAUUGCUGUUGGCGUGUCCCUGGAACACGGAGCGCCUGCGCUGCUCCUCUUCUCCCUGACAGGAGACAACAACAGCUCAUUCUACGAGACCAGAGACAUGAAUGCAAGGAAAGACAUUUUUCAUAUCGAUCACCCAAUUCAAGGAACUGUACAAUUGAAACUCAGUGCGAGGAAUAUCUUCUCUUCUCUGGAAGUGGAUGUGGAUAUGUUUUCUACCUGUGGCAACAACUCAGUCAUUAAACCAAAUGGUCAUAAUGACGACUGGCUGAGCUCUAACACGGGGCCGAGAAAUAAACACGUGAGAGUUGUCAGAUCUAAAAAGCAAACAUCCGACAUUAAGAUCAAAGCAAAACCUUCAGCUUCAGUAGAUAGCAAAGCUAAAAAAAUCGACCUCUCCAUUGAGGAUCCCUCCUCCCUCAAGGACCCGGGUGAACGGUACCAGUGGGAGUGCAGUGAUCCCUGUAAGUGUGCAGGAAUAUUUGAGAAGCUGACUCACGCCAUUAAAGAAGAGUGCCUACCAGAUCCAUUUGAAUUUAAUAAAUAUCAUUUUAAAGUGAUAGACAUCACUAAUAAUGUGAUAAAAAAGAAUAAAUACAUCUGCAUCAGCCGUAACCCCAAGGGGAAAAAAAGCAAAAUUAGUCUCUCUUGUACUCAGGGCUGUGACCCAGUAAAGGGGUCUACAGAUGCAAAAAUUAAAAUGUCAUGUGAGAAAAAGUGUCCAGACGUCGUGUGGAACAUCGAGGACCCGGGAGACCACAGCAGCUGGCCAGCGGAGACCAAAAGCUGCUACGUAGAUUCAGGGAAAAGGCCACUUAUAGAGAAGGUUAAUGGUGGGACUGAAUACACAGUGAAAUAUAGCACUCUUGCUCUGGCCAAGAGUGCGGGUCAGGAUGUCACUGUGGUCGUGACUCAUGGAGGGAAAAAGGAUGAAAUGACAAAAUACACUAUAAGGACAAGAAAUUCUGCCUCGACUCAACCAGCUGCCACCGUUACGACAGCCGCAGCUGGAGACACCUCAGCCGCUCCUGCCACUACAGUACCCGUCACGACCAGUGCCUCUACAAUCAGUGCUACGCCGAACACUGGAACCACGAUCGGUGCUACGCCGAACACUGGAACCACGAUCAGUGCUACGCCGAACACUGGAACCACGAUCAGUGCUACGCCGAACACUGGAACCACGAUCAGUGCUACGCCGGACACUGGAACCACGAUCAGUGCUACGCCGAACACUGGCACCACGAUCAGUGCUACGCCGGACACUGGAACCACGAUCAGUGCUACUCCGAACACUGGAACCACGAUCAGUGCUACGCCGAACACUGGAACCACGAUCAGUGCUACGCCGAACACUGGAACCACGAUCAGUGCUACGCCGAACACUGGAACCACGAUCAGUGCUACGCCGAACACUGGAACCACGAUCAGUGCUACGCCGAACACUGGAACCACGAUCAGUGCUACUCCGAACACUGGAACCACCAUCAGUGCUACUCCGAACACUGCCACCACCACGAGUGCCAAGCCGAACAGUGUCACCACGGGCACUGCCACGGAAAAUAGUGCGACCUCGAUCACCACUACCAUUGCUGCAACCACUGGUCCACCAGUGUCCAGCAGCUCUUCUGAAAGCCUCUCGUGUAGCAUAUCGCCAUCGACCGGAACAGUCCUCGAUGCUUUUAAUAUAACCUGUGAGACUGAAAUCCCCUGUUCUAAUUGUCACUAUUGUUUUAAUGCUGACGGUAAGCAUCUGCGUUGCAGCAAUAGCAACGACGUGGCGUUCGUCUUCCUUCCUCUUGGAGACAGCAGUUCCAACUAUAACCUGAUCAUCACAGCAACUGUUACAAAGGACAGCUUUGUUGUUAGCACCACCAUAACAGCACAGGUGCUGGAUUCAGCAGGAGACUCCGCCGCUUCAGUAGAGGAUCUGAAGUCGACAGUGGAGAAUGCUGUGGCACAGCUGAAGGAACAGGGUCUCCUGUCAGGAGAGACCAUAGGACAAAUCAUCGGUUCUGUGUCCGACAAACUGAGCAGUCAAUCGGGUGAUUCGGGGAAAGCUGACAGGGAAAAGCUUCGGGAGCAGAUGCUGCGCAUAUUGACUGAUGCAGUGAAGGAGGUUCCCAUCAACACUCCACAAGGGGUUCACAUGGUCGCCAGAGGUCUGACUGCUGUCAUCGCCAAAGAAGUCAGCUCCACUGCUCAGGAGGAAGCCUCUUUAUUAUUUGUGAACCUCAGCUCGUCUCUCGUCCACAUGGUUGUGAACAAAAGUGAAGAAAGCAAGAAGGAAAUGCAAAGUGCAGCCGGCGCCAUUGUGGAAGGAGCGAGCAAUAUCCUGGACAACUCUUCCAAUAAAAACGUCUCUGAUGCUCUUCUUGUUGUCCUGAAAAAUAUCCAGAGUGCACUGUUGACAUUCCAAGCUAAUAACGAGGGGCCGACCGUUAUCCAGAAAAAUAAUAUUGGUGUUUUUGUCAAUAGAGUGACUCCAGGAAGAUUGCACAUGGAGCCUUUAACGUUUCCCAACUGUUCCUGCCCCUCGUUUUCUCUCCCAGCUCUACCCUCCAACAUAUUUCCUUCAGAUGAACCAGUGGACAUACGAAUGCUGAGUUUGGAUAAAAAUCCAUUUUCCUGGAACGAGGGAGGGAACAUCAGCGGCCAAAUUGCUUCUCUGUCCCUCACAACAAAAGAUGGCUCCACUAUCCACAUCGAGGAUAUAAGUGAGGAUAUUGAGAUUCUGCUGCCAAGGCCUGUUGGGGGGCAGGUGAACACCUCAGUUCUGGACCUGGGAAACCACAGCACCACAAUCAUUGACAUUCCUUCAGCGGACACUACGCUGGUGAUAAAGAUGGUGCCUUCAGACGAUCCAUUACCCUUCAAGCUGCUCCUUGGUUAUAUGAGCUACCCCACUGAAGCAAGUUAUACUGCAAUGACAGAGAUGCCUCAAAAGGGAAAAACACAAGAGGAGAGAUACACGUGGCUUGUAGAUGCAAAGAAUCUCAAGAUGAAAACUGGAGUGCACUAUCUUGUAGUGAAGCCCAUUGUAGGACCAGGCAUAAAAUCCAUUAAUGCCACUUUGUCGAUCAUCUCCAUCUCUGCUGCGUGUAAAUUUUGGAAUGAAUCAAAGCUGGAAUGGAGCAGCAAAGGAUGCAGGGUUGGUGCACAGACGACACAUUUAGUCACCCAGUGCUUCUGCAACCACCUCACCUUCUUCGGGAGCUCCUUCUUCGUCACCCCCAACCUCGUGGACCCGUCCCGCACCGCUGAGCUGUUUGGGACCUUCACUGAGAACCCCGUGGUCGUGUGCUUCGUGGGUUCGCUCUUUGUGGCUUAUCUCCUGGUGGUUGUGUGGGCUCGACGAAAAGACAUCCAAGAUACAGCCAAGGUGAGGGUGUCAGUGCUGGAGGACAAUGACCCCAUGGACGAGUACCGCUACCUGUUGUGUGUCAGCACUGGGCAUCGGAGAGGAGCCUCCACUUCCUCUCAGAUAACAUUAACCCUGCUGGGUGCUGAUGGAACCAGCGAGCCACACCACCUGGCAGACCCAAAGAAGUGCGUGUUUGAGAGAGGGGCGGUGGACAUGUUCCUGCUAACGACACCCUUCUCACUGGGAGAUCUGCAGGGUGUCCGGCUGUGGCACGACAACUCAGGCAGCCAUCCUGCAUGGUAUGUCGGCCAUGUCAUGGUGCAGGAUGUACAGACGGACCAGAAAUGGCAUUUUCUUUGUAACUCCUGGUUGGCCAUAGACAUGGGAGAUUGUUCCCUUGAUAAAGUUGUCCCUGUCUCCACAGAAACAGAUUUGAAGAGUUUCAGUAAUUUGUUCUUUAUGAAGACGACAAGGGAUUUGAGCGACGGACACCUCUGGUACUCUGUGAUCAGCCGACCGCCGAGCAGCCCCUUCACUUGUGUUCAGAGAGUGUCCUGCUGUUUCUCCCUGCUGCUCUGCACCAUGCUGACCAGCAUUAUGUUCUACGGCGUCCCGACGGACCCGUCUGAGCAGACCAUGGACCUGGGUCACUUUGAGUUCACGUGGCAGCAGUUCAUGAUUGGAGUUCAGAGUUCACUCGUCAUGUUUCCAGUGAACAUCCUCAUUGUUGGCAUCUUCAGAAACACUCGUCCUUGCGAGACGUCGUGCUGCAAACGCAGAGCAGAACAACAAGAGUCCUGCUCCUCGCAGACCGCCUCCGCCGACAUGAAUGGCCACGUCACUUUAGACACUAUCGCCAAGGACAUUACGAGAAUAGUCCGUUCAUUCUCCAAGACCAUGAAAAGCAGCAUCCCAUCCGCAGAGUCCGAGUUUGGGCCUGGACAACAAGCUGACAUCAACGCUCUCCUUUCUGUGGUGAAGGAUUACGUCAGACAGAUUUAUAAAACCGGUGACGGCGCAGAAUCGAGGACAGAGAUUGUUCCCGACGUCGCUCAGCCUCAGGAACCAGAAAGCGGUGGUAGUGUGCACCCUGAGAUAGACGUGGAGGGCGUUCAGAAGAGCAACAGAACCCAGUAUCUGUACAGGCAGAUGUGCCACAUCGACAGAGCGCUGAGCCUGCUGGGCUCGUCCGGCUUCCCGAGCCCACACAGCUACAGCCGGGCUCUGCAGCAGGUCCAGGGCAUGAAGGUCUUCCUUGAAGAUCAGCUCCUCGCAUCCAGCCGCGUCAGCCCAGAUGAACUCGUCCAAAACAAGUUGAGUCCUGCAGACAGCACUGGUGGUGAUGGUCAGAAGAAGAAGGGCUGCUGUCAUGGAGGGCUGCCCUGGUGGUUCAUCUUUGUCGGCUGGCUGCUCGUGAUUGCUACCAGUUUCGUAGCAGGAUUUUACACGAUGCUUUAUGGUUUGAAAUUUGGGAAGGAUCGUUCCGUCAGCUGGUUGGUGUCAAUGAUCGUGUCCUUUUUUCAGAGCAUCCUCAUCAUUCAGCCACUGAAGGUGCUGUGUCUUGCAGCCUACUUUGCACUUGUCAUAAAGAAAGUCGACGAGGAAGAUUUUCAAAAUGUGGCAUUUGACUCAAAAGCAGGCGAGUGUAAAGACCAACAGACAGUCCGACAGGACAGGAGUCUUUACGAGCCGCCUCCUCCUGGAGACGUUGAGAGGAUGAAAAGGAUCAAGAUAAUUGAGCAGAAAGCCUUUGCCCUCCUCAGAGAGAUUUUCAUCUACACAGGCUUCAUGUGGAUGCUGCUGCUGGUGGCGCACGGCCAGAGGGAUCCCAACGCCUUUUACCUGAAACAGCACAUCAGGAACAGCUUCAGUCCAAACGUCUCACAAAGCAUGAGUCUGGGGGACGUGUUCACUUGGGCCAACACGUCUCUGCUCAGUAACCUUUUUGGAGUGUAUCCAGGAUUUAUCACGGAUGGAAACUCGAAGCUGGUGGGAAACGCCCGUCUUCGUCAACUGAGAGUGCAGAAGAACUCGUGUCAGAUCGCGGGCUCCAUGCUGCAUCUUGUGCCGGACUGCCACGCACUGUAUUCAUGGGAGGUGGAGGACAUGGGCUCCUAUGACUCUGGUUGGAACCAGUCUGUGGGGGAUAACAACACGCUGAGCACCCCCAGCCCCUGGACGUACCAGACACAGGCUCAGCUCAGGUCCUACCCGGUGUGGGGCAAAAUGGUGCUUUACAGGGGGGGUGGCUUUGUAGCGGUGCUUGGCCCUGAUUUAAAAAAUGCCAGCAGAACCAUCGAGUAUCUGUUCAGGAACAAAUGGCUGGACACGUACACACGGGCAUUCUUUGUAGAGUUCACCAUUUACAACGCCAACGUCAACCUCUUCUGCAUCGUCACUCUCUUGCUGGAGACUGCAGCUGUUGGGGCGUUUCAGUUCCACAGCGAGCUGCAGAGUGUCCGUCUCUACCAGUCCACUGGGAGUCUCUACAUCUUCGUCAUGGCUGCCGAGAUCAUAUACUUGCUUUUCAUCAUCUAUUACAUGUUCGUGCAGGGCAAAUUAAUGAAGCAACAGCGGUGGACUUACUUCAGCAGCAAGUGGAACCUCCUGGAGUUGUCCAUCAUCUUAUUGAGCUUGAGCGCCUUGGCUGUUUUCAUCAAGAGGACCCUGCUCGGAGACCGUGAUAUGACCUACUACCAAAACCACAAAGACCAAUUUCCCAGUUUUUACGAGACGGCCUCCGCGGACUCCGUGCUUCAGUAUCUGAUCGCCUUCCUGGUCCUGCUCGCCACGGUCAAACUGUGGCACCUGCUCAGACUCAACCCCAAGAUGCACAUGGUCACCGCCACGCUGCAGCGAGCCUGGGGCGACAUAUCUGGCUUCCUCCUGAUCAUUGCGAUCAUGUUCACAGCGUAUUCCAUUGCCUGCAAUGUGAUUUACGGCUGGAAGAUCUCCUCUUACAAAACUCUGGCGGAUGCUCUCCUCACCAUCAUCAGCUUGCAGAUGGGCAUUUUUAACUACGGAGAGGUUUUGGACUACACCCCUGUGCUUGGUGGGUUGCUCAUCGGCUCCUGUAUCGUGUUCAUGACGUUUGUGGUGCUGAACCUGCUCAUUUCAGUCAUCCUCGUGGCGUUUAAGCAAGAGCAGAUCAAUCACAAGCCCUCAGAGGAGAAGGAGAUUGUCGACGUGAUGCUGAAGCAAAUCUACAGUUUCUUUGGGAUCAGAUGUAAAGAUACUAAAGACUCCCUGGAGCCUGACGUGAGCGGCAGCACUGGCUUGACCCUCAACAACAGCAGAAAUAUCCUCAGCAAAUCAGACGACCUCAACAUUUCUCAGACAUCUGACAAACCAACAAAUGACAAAACCGUAAUGUAA